GUCCUUGGGCAUAACGUCUUCUCUCCUAUCCUUUUUGGAAGAUAGAUUCCGGGGGGUCAGGCCUUGGUGUAGCUGGUCUGACAGGCCGCCCAGGUGGGCGUGUUUCAUUUAGAACCUCUUGAGGGCCGGGACACGGUGUCCGCUCACGACUCCACGCAACUGCAACUCGUGGUUUUGUUUUGUUUUGCUUUUCACGUGCUUAGUGCAGGCGGCGUGAGUCAUUCACAUUUCUCUGUGGUUAGCGAGCACGGUGUCUCAGAGUCCAUCCCCGCCUCGAUCCAUGGCGCAGACGUGCCACUUAAGUCAACAUGUCCUGGAGAUCGUGGGGGACAUACAUUCCACCAUAACAUAGCAUGGCUCUUCCCACCUUCAUUUCUCCUGCUCAGCAGGGAUUAAGGCCCUACCAGGACCCUCCCUGGCUGCUUGUCCCUUGGCCUCCUGCCUGACUGACCACUCCCCUUCCUCCUGUGCUGCUCACUUUCCCUGGCUCCUGAGUCAGACCCUGGAAGCCUGUGAUGAUCAUUCAUUUAUCUACCUCUUAACCAUCAUCUCCUGCAGUUUCCUGGAAAUGCCAUUGGACAACUUGCCUCCAAGCAUUCAUCCACAAGGCUUUCUUCUGCAUUCAGUUCCUUUCAGCAGCCAGCUCCCGUGACCCUUCCCUCCAUGAAGUUUUCCUAGCCUCAUGCUUCCCUGUGGCAAGAGUCCUCUCUGAACCAGCCCCCUGGGCUGGGCCUGUCUGCCUUACCCUAGCCAUGGCCUCUUGGCCCCCACCCUGACCCCUCCUUUCCUGCAGGUCUCUUUUGUUGGCUACCAGAAGACACCCAGUACAACAAUGCCAUCCCCACUGGGCCCCCCACGCCUGCCCUCUGUGGACCCUGUGGCCACUCUGGAGGAGCCCGAGGCAGCACGCCUGCGUUUCCGGGGAUUCUGCUACCAGGAGGUGGCAGGUCCCCGUGAGGCCCUGGCGCGGCUGCGAGAACUGUGCCGCCAGUGGCUGCGGCCGGAGGCAUGCUCCAAGGAGCAGAUGCUGGAGCUGCUGGUGCUGGAGCAGUUCCUGGGCACGCUGCCCCCUGAGAUCCAGGCCUGGGUGCGGGGCCAGCGGCCAGGCAGCCCUGAGGAGGCUGUAGCCCUGGUCGAGGGCCUACAGCAUAACCCUGGGCAGCUGCUGGGCUGGAUCACAGCCCAUGUCCUGAAGCAAGUGGUGCUCCCAGCGGCACAGAAGAUAGAGGAGUCCUUGGGGAGACCCCAGCCUUCAGGGACAGUGGAACUUCUCAGGGCAACCUCUGGGGAGGAGCCACAGGACACCCAGAUGGAGGGGUCUCCCCAGCUCAGCUGCAGUGUGAAGGAGGAGCCUGAUGCUGACGGGCAGGAGAUGGCACCUUCCAGCCCCCCACAUCCAUCCCAGUCCCGCGAGGGGUACCCAGGACACCGGGAACCAGCCGCCACCUCCUUCCACCCACCCAGGAUUCAGGAGGAGUGGGGGCUACUGGACCGGUCACAGAAGGAACUGUACUGGGACGCGAUGCUGGAGAAGUAUGGCACGGUGGUCUCCCUGGCAGGGUUACCGGCCCCCUUGCCAGAGGCACGGGUUGAGUCGGAGCCAGGGGUACUGCGCUCGGGGACAGAGGGUCAAAGAAGCCUCCACCCGGGUGAGUGCUUCUCCAUGCGAUCUGAACCGCCUGUUGCCUGGUGGAGUGGGAGCUUGUCUGCCCCCACACACCUGCUGGGAGGGGAUGGGAAUGUCAAGGACGCUGGGCUACCUGGGACUGCCAACUCUCCUUCCCCAGGAGAUGAGAGUGAGAGUCACUGUGAGGGUCCACCCCGCUGCCCAGAGGCCCAGCCACCCCAGGGCCCCAGGCCUGUCACCUGGGAGGGCCCAUCUGGGGCCUCCGUCUCCACCAGGGCUACACCGGGAGCAGGGCUGGAGGCUGGCGCCCCGCGGAGGAAGCCUUACACCUGUGAGCUGUGCGGCCGAGGCUUUGAUUGGAAAUCGGUGUUUGUCAUCCACCACCGGACGCAUGCGGAUGGGCAGGCCACGCGGGCCCCGGUGCUGGCUGUUGGGGGUGCUCAGAAGCUGCCACCAGGUUCCCGGGAGCCGGGCACACCACGCCACCCCCGACGUGCACUCCCAGGCCCCCGGAGCUAUGCGUGUGAGGAAUGUGGGCGCAGCUUCAGCUGGAAGUCUCAAUUGGUCAUCCACCGCAAGAGCCACGCAGGCCAGCGGCGCCACUUCUGUGGCGACUGUGGCCGCAGCUUCGACUGGAAGUCCCAGCUGGUCAUCCACAGGAAGAGCCACCGGCCGGAGGCCCCAUGAGUGGCUCCAGAAGGCAGCCUCGUCUUGGGAGCCUUGCAGCCUCCAGGUCCUGGACACAGUUCCUGGCAAUCUGGUUCCAGCCUUCCUUGGGCUGCUUGGUCUCUGUGUGAGACAUGUGGAGGCAACA